AUGUCUGAAUUUCUAGGCUCUCGCAUAUCCCUCAUCUCCAAGAGCGAUAUUCGAUACUCUGGAGUAUUGCACGAGAUCAAUUCGGAAGAGUCGACCGUCUCCCUAGAGAAUGUUAGAUCCUUCGGCACCGAAGGACGAAAGGGUAAUCCUGAUGAGGAGAUAGCACCUUCUGAUCAGGUCUACGAGUACAUCGUCUUUCGGGGUAGCGAUGUAAAGGAUCUGCGAAUUGAGCAAGCUCCUGUCCCUCCCAAGGAGAACCAACCCCCCAAGGUUCCCGAUGACCCUGCGAUCGUUGGAGCUCGCACCCGUCCUGCCCCCCUUGCGGGCGCUAUCCCUCCCGGUCCUGGAGCUCCAGGUUACGGCCAGAGCCCAUACCAACCCAACCCGUUUUACCCCCCUCCUCCCGGACAAUGGGGACGUGGCGGCCCGGGCCCUGGCCCCGCUCAAGGCUUUCACGGGAUGCCGUACCCGCCUCCUCCUGGUUGGUUCCCUCCUGGCCAAGGCUUUCCUGCUGGUGGACCUGGAGGUCCUGGUCCGUGGAACAGCUUUGGUUACCCACCGGGUCCCGGUCCUCAAGGACAACACCUGGGCGCUCCUGGUGCACCUCCCCAAGUUAGUCGAGGCACACCGCAGCAAGACAGUAAGCCGGCUCCCAUCGGUGCCGGUGUCGACAAACAAAAACUGGUUGGUAAUCCCCCGGUAGAAUUGCCUUCUACGGAACCUAAGUCAGUUGGACAGCAACCUCCUCAGCCUGCCCCGACGAGUGCAGCCGCACCGACCCCGCCGGUUGAAUCGAAGCCGACUGUAGCAGAAGUCAAGGCUACUGCGGAAUCGCUAUCGAACGCGAACGCAGCUGCGAACAACGUUGCUGACAAGAAGGCUAUCCCUACCGGCCCCAAGAGCAACCGAGUCACCCCUGCUGUCCCGAUUCCGAAUGCUAUCAUCUCUAGGUCUGGCCCUCAAGUUACUGCAGCGGCUGCUUCGAUCAAGCCUGUGGGAGACCACGCAAAUGGACAGUCGGGCAUAUUAGGCAAAGAUGCUACCCAGGCCGCUAAGGCUGCUGUCGCCGCUGCGAUGGCUAAAUUGGAGGAUAACCCUCGUGUUGCCGAAGCCUCUACCCAACCGAUUGGCAACAUGGAUAACCUUACUAAGAAGGUAAACGAGAUGAGGAUGACCGCUCCCAGAAAUGGCACCAAUGGUAGAGGACGUGGCCGAGGAGGUCGUCCCGGCGGACAACCGAAGGUUAAUGUACCCGAUUCUGAUUUCGAUUUCGCGGCUGGAAAUGCCAAGUUCAACAAGCAAGACCUUGUGAAGGAAGCCAUCGCUGGUUCUCCCCAGGUCGAGCCUGUGGCAGAGCCCGCGCAGGUCGAUGAUACCGCUGCACUUCCCGUGGCCUAUAACAAGACCAGGUCGUUCUUUGACAAUAUCUCUAGUGAAGCAAAGGACCGAGCUGAGAACGGCGGUCAGAAGCCGGGUGGUCGUGAGUGGCGCGGCGAGGAGCAGCGCAAGAAUAUGGAGACGUUUGGCCAAGGAAGUGUUGAUGGUGGCUACCGUGGUGGUUACCGAGGCCGUGGCCGAGGCGGACGUGGCAAUCGGGGCCGUGGAUAUGGUGGCCGAGGACGAGGGACUGGAUACCGCCAGGCAGCAGCUCAAUAA